GGUGGUCGCGACGGAGAGACGACAGAGCGCAUCGCAAUAUCUGCGCUUUCGACUGUAGCGCUGUUUUAGCGUUGUUGGUGGUAUUUACUGGGCUUUCGGCGUGGUCUACUUUCUAUACCCUCUUCAAGGCGGCCUGGUUCCGUCUGCUCUGAGAGCUUCACGUUCGUUUCGUUCAAGGACUUCGAUUAGAGGGCUUAAUCCAAUUGCUUGGCCAGAGAAUAUAGGUCUGGCGACUUAAUGUCAUACAUUCGACAUGCAAUUCAUACGCUGGCCGUUGUACUUAUAGUCUGCGCGGGCCUUGUAUCAGCGUCUCUGGGUCCAGCACGGCCCCUGAAACGAAUUACUAACCCUUCCACCCUUGCCCUCGAGAUCCUACCUCGUCGACCAUCCACCCACGAGCCCCGUUCGACCACCUCUCGCGAACCCAUCCUUCGACACUCCGACACCUUCCGCCUGACGCUUUCCGCUUUCGACCAGACCUACCACCUACAUCUCCGCCCGAACGACCACCUCAUCCACCCCGCAGCUCGGGUCAAUUAUUUUUACACUAAUACGGAUGGCAGCACCGUCCUCGACCGCACGGAGCCCUUGCUACGAGAGUCGAUCAAGGUAUACUGGGGAGAGGUUGUCCCUGCCGACGAGUCUCCUUCACGUAUGAGAGAGGAUGCUGUUGGAGCCUUACCUCGACCGUCACUCGGAUGGGCUCGGAUUAUGGUCCACGACCAAGGGGACAUCACAAGAGGUACUCCGCCGGUAUACGAGGGCGCAUUCUCUGUACACGGUGUCGUUCACCACGUCAUGACAAAGGACAACUACCUGCGUCAUAAGCACGAGUUCGACUCGCCCAUCCUCGCUGUCCAAGACGAGCCUGAUUCACCUCUCGUAAUCUUCCGCGACUCCGAUGUGAUGAGCUACCUGGAAGAGCAUGCGUUACGCACUGGUAUUCCGGUUGACCCAUCUAGCUUGCCUCCACCACCUCGGACGUGUGGGCACGAUCACCUGCCUUAUAACACGGAUCCCAGCCUGAACCCGAGUCUGAGAAAGGAAAGCACAAGCCCGUGGUACGAUCCUUUGGGCGUCUUCAAUCCGCUCUCUGUCAUUAAGCGUGACGAUGCUGUGGGCGCUAACAUGUCGACUAACUUCCAGAGCAGCAUCGGGAAGAAUGCGGGGUGUCCGACAAGCCAGAAGAUCCUUUACAUGGGUGUCGCCGCGGACUGCGCGUAUACUGCGCUUUAUGGGACCACAUCGAAUGCCACCACUCAAAUUCUGAAUGACUGGAAUAUGGCAAGCUCGCUGUACAAACAAACAUUCAACAUUAGUUUGGGAAUAGUUGAGCUUCAGGUGCACAACGCAACAUGUCCUACCACACCUGACCCUGCGAACCCUUGGAACGUCGACUGCACUGGUACAAACAACCUGACAUUGAACGACCGGUUAUCAGUUUUCUCCAGCUGGCGCGGGAACCGGACGAACGACGGAGUCGGGCUCUGGCAUCUCAUGAGCGGAUGCCCUACUGGAAGUGAAGUCGGUAUCGCUUGGCUGAGUACGCUCUGCCAACAAGAGGCUUCUGGGAGUGCACCAUCUAUUGUCUCUGGCACGGCCGUUUCCACCGCUGGGCGUACAGAAUGGCAAGUCGUUGCACACGAGAUCGGGCACAAUUUUGGGGCAAUUCACGACUGUACAUCGGGGUGCAAUUCGACGACAAAUUGCUGCCCCAUGUCCGCGAAUUCGUGUGACGCAGGCGGCAAGUUUGUCAUGAAUCCAACCACAGCUGCCUCAGAGACGACGUUUUCCGCUUGUUCUCUCGGGAACAUCUGUUCUCUGAUGCAGGGAAAUUCCGGUUGGAAGACAAACACGUCUUGCCUCGCGGCUCCAAACCCGUCGCAAAAGAUAAUCUCUCUCCAAAUGUGCGGGAACGGUAUCGUCGAGGAUGGGGAAGACUGCGACCCCGGCCCCGGGGUGAAUUCGACUUGCUGCAACUCAAAGACGUGCAAGUUCACUGCAGGUUCUGUCUGCGAUCCAACCAAUAGCGAGUGUUGCACGGAUUCCUGCCAGUUUGCACCUUCGACCCAGGUGUGUCGUCCAGCGAAGGACGCGACGUGUGAUACGGCAGAGACGUGCUCCGGUAAUAACGCGACCUGUCCUCCCGACAUAUUCGCUCCGAACGGCAAGAGUUGUGGGCAGGGCGGAUUGGCAUGUGCCAGUGGUCAAUGUACAUCCCUUAGUCAGCAAUGCCAACAACUUGGGGGUUCAAUGAAUCUGCAAACCGCGUGUCCUGCGCAGAACGAUAAGUCAUGUAUGGUAUCCUGUCAAGACCCAUCCCACGCCAACCAGUGUAUAACCCUGCAAACCCAGCUUGUUGAUGGCUCGCCUUGCGGGUAUGGUGGAACAUGCACGAAUGGUGCCUGUCGACCUGGAAGCCUAUUUGAAACAGCGAAGGCUUGGUACACCCGCAACCUUACAAUCUCCGUCCCUGUCACAGUUGCUGUGGGCAUCGUGGCGGUGUUCCUUGCAGUUUUGCUGCUCCUCUGUGUCAAGCGGAAAUGCUGCGGCAAGCGUAGCGAUAGACUUGCCUCCUCAGAACCUAUGCUCGAGACUCUAAAGCCUCAGAGAAUUAGUAGCUGGGGUACGCCGCCCGUCGCAAUCGUUCCAGCCGUUCUCCAGCCGGGCUCAAGUGCUUCGCGUGGUCAAGUGGCGUCUGUGUCACGUUCUCGGAGCGGAUCUCUGGCGUCUCGUGAUGUCCACGGUAGAUCUAAUUCGAGUGGACCAGUCCCGCCCCUACCUUUUGCAGGGACGGGUACGGUCGUCGCGCAAGUAGGGGAAGGAAGUGCAGAGAGCCAUUGGGUUGACCCAGGACCAUGGAAUGGACGUUUUCAGUGAUGCUAGUUGUAGAUCCAUGGAUGAGCAUAUGGGUACCCUAAUCAGCCCACGAAUCGCAGGCAUCCAUCCAACCAUAUUACAGCUGAUUGCAGAACGAUAGACGCACUUGAAAUUCCUC